AUGGCGGAAGGCAAUAAACGAUGCAAGUAUCUGGUCCUCGACUCUGGACCACUGCUAUCACUAUCACCACUACGGGGUUUGGCAGAUACAUACCUGACAGUCCCACAAGUUCUGGAUGAGUUAAAGGAUAAACGUGCACGCGAGCAUUUUGAACAACUAGGGCUUUCAGCUGGCGUCCAAGUCAGCGUCACAAAUCCAGCUGCCGCAUCAUUGUCUCAAGUUAUACAUUUUGCAAAAAAGACCGGUGACUAUGCGGUGCUUUCGCAUGCGGAUAUCUGUGUGUUGGCAUUGACCCACACUCUUCACGAGCAAGAAAAGGCUUCGCGAGAUACUCCGCAGGAGGCAAGUAAAGAUCAUUCGUCAACGUCUUCACCAGCGCAGCCAGUCGGGUCAUCGGAGAGUUCUGAAACAAACGAGCAAAUUCCAUCCUCUGAUCCUUCCCAUGUUCUCCAAAACGACUUUUUCGACAUUCCCCAUCCUAGUGGUAUCGGUACCAACGUGGAAGGCCAAGUGGAAGGAGAGGAUUCUGCCUCCCUACCUCCAUCUUCGGACGACGAAGCAACACCAUCCGACAGUGAACCAUUAUAUGCCGACCCGUCUUCCGAAGAUGAUGAUGAAGGCGAAUGGAUAACUCCUGGUAACGUAGAGUUGCACAAGGCUCGUGCACUACAUCUUCUUCCGUCAGAAGAGAAAAGCAAGAAAGACAAGAGGCCGAAACAGCAUUCAGCAGUGGGCUGCAUGACGGCUGAUUUUGCCAUGCAGAAUGUCUUAUUACAGAUGGGUUUGCACCUAAUAAGUACAGAUGGCAGAAGAAUACAAAAAGUCAAAAGCUGGGUGCUCCGUUGUCAUGCGUGUUUCAAAAUCUGCAAGGACAACUCUAAGCAGUUCUGUCCAUCCUGUGGAAAUCCUACGCUGAUAAGGACGUCUGUCACGGUUUCCUCUCCGAAUGCCGAUGGUGGUGCCCCUGUCAUGGAAGUCCAUCUCAAGAAAAACUUCCAAUACCGAGUUCGAGGAACAAAAUACCCCAUACCUGCACCGAAACCCGGUUCUGCUAAGACAGGCACUGGCGAAGGUCUCAUCCUUCGAGAGGAUCAAAUAGAAUAUAUGCGAGCAAAGAAACGAGAACAAGGGAAGAGGGAGAGGGAAGAACAGCGUAUGAUUAAAAGUCUCGUGGAGUCGGACGGGAAAAGUGGUGUCGCUGUAGGCAGUUGGGCUGAUCCUGAUUGGAUCCCGGACAUCCUUAGCGGUACGCGCAGCAAGUCGCGGUCGACACAGUCCGGGCGUCCGGAUGGCAUGCCACGCAUCGGAUACGGCAGGAAAAACCCUAAUGAGAAGAAGAAGAAAAGGUAG